UGACGUAGUGGGGAUCGCAGCUAGAACCCCCGGAGCCGGGCGCGCGGGAGGCAGCGUCCGUCAGCCAGGCUGUGCUGCUUCGCCGCCUGCUCACCUGCCCGCUGGAGCCCCGAGCUGGCUGCCACCCGCCGCCAUGGUGUCCCCGGUCACUGUGGUGAAGAGUGAGGGACCCAAGCUGGUGCCCUUCUUCAAGGCGACCUGUGUGUAUUUUGUGCUCUGGCUGCCCUCAUCCAGCCCAUCGUGGUUCAGUGCCCUCAUCAAAUGCCUGCCUAUCUUCUGUCUGUGGCUCUUCCUUCUGGCCCAUGGCGUAGGAUUCCUGCUGGCCCACCCUAGUGCCACCAGAAUCUUUGUGGGACUCAUCUUCGCUGCUGUAGGUGACGCCUUCCUCAUCUGGCAGGACCAGGGCUACUUUGUGCAUGGUCUGCUGAUGUUUGCUGUGACCCACAUGCUCUACGCCUCAGCCUUUGGUAUGCAGCCACUGGCUCUUCGGACAGGUCUGGUGAUAGCAGUGCUGUCUGCCCUGAGCUAUGCUUUCCUGUACCCUGGUCUUUCAGGUGCCUUUACUUACCUGGUAGGAGUCUACGUGGCCCUUAUCAGCUUCAUGGGCUGGCGGGCCAUGGCAGUGAUAAGGCUGGGCGGGGCAGCCUGGCGAUGGACUGAGCUGGCGGCAGGCAGUGGUGCGCUGCUCUUUAUCAUCUCAGACCUGACCAUCGCCCUAGACAAAUUCUGCUUCCCGGUACCCUACUCUCGGGCGCUCAUCAUGUCCACCUACUACGCAGCCCAGAUGCUCAUCGCCUUGUCAGCUGUUGAGAGCCGCGAGCCAGUGGAAGACUAUAAAAUGAGCAAGGCCAACUGAGGGGCCCGGGUCUGGCCACUCUUCUCUCCUCCUUGGGCGGGGGUCCAGAGCUGUGAGUCUGCAGACUCUGGACACGAUGGCUGUAGUGCUAGUCCAGUGCAGCAGGUACCGCCUAGGAAUCAUGCGGGUUUGAGAGGGGAAACAGGAAAAGGAUCCCUCCAGCAAAUCUAGUACAGGACAUGCCGAGAGCAGGGGAAAAAAAAAAAGCCUACUGAAUCCAGAAGCAGAUUCUCCCCACCUCUUCCCCAUUGGUUCUGUCUAACCCUCUGGAGGGUGAUGGUGCUCAGUUUCUUGACCUCCCUUCUCUUCUACUAGAUGAAAGUCUUACCCACCAUCUGAAUUGUGCAACGUUGAGAGAGGAGGGGAGAAAUCUGUGCUGAGGUGAUGCAGGUUUGAAGUCACUAUCACACACAGGCCCUUUGUUGAAGAGAUCAGAUGAGGGUAGAGUCUCUCUCUCUCUCUUUUUUAAUCUGUUCUUCCUACUUGAAUAAUCUCAAUGUCUCAGUAGUGUAUGGGAAGGAAAAAAGGGGAUUUGUUCAGAUAAUCAAGAAAGGGACUUGUUUGGCUUUGGAAUUUAGGGUACCAGGGAUUAAAAUUGGUGUCAUUUCAAAGGCUAGUUCAGAACUCAGGCCCUACACUACCACUUUUAGACCCUAUCCUCAGAGCUAGGGUGAACCAUGCCAAAGGAGGGGGCCAGAAUGUGUGUGUGUGUGGGUGUGUGUGUGUGUGUGUGUGUGGUGUUUCUCUGCUACCUGUCUAUACUGCUGUUUGUCACAAUCUUAUAGGGAAGGGAUCUCAGGGAGCUGGUGAAGGGGAUGCUGAACCUGGCUCAAGAGCUGGGACCUCACACACACUCUCAGUACUUUUUUCCCUGCCCCCUUCCUGCACUGGGAGCAAGAGGAGGUAUUUUCCAUGAACACUUUAGGGUCAUAAGACCUAAAGCACAUUCAAUGCAAGGGGAACAAAUACAACAGAGCUCCAUCCUGUACUGCUUACAAGAAAAGAAAUAAAUAAAUAAAACCAAGGGCUUUUUAACUGCCCUGCUUGUC